AUUUUUAUUUUAGUUUUAGGUUUUUAUUUUAGUUUUUUAUUUUUAGUUUUUUUAAUUUUAGUUUCGUUUUAUUUUCACCGACGCUGUUCUUCCUUCGGGAACCCCUGGUUGCUGGAGCUCAUCUCCAGCAAGUGGCCCCCAAACAGGACCCAAAGGAAUGCUGUCCAUGGUUUCCUGAAGAAGAUACAGUAAACUUACAGACAUGGAAUAGAGUAGGAGAUCAGCUUAGGGAGUAUUAUACUCUCCAUGGACCAGAAAAGGAUUCAGAUUCUUCUUUGUGGAUUCCGGACAGACUCAUUAGACAUGUUCAACCCGCCACCACCUCCUCCAUCUUUCCACACAUCGACUCAACACAAGAGACGUCUAUCGGAGGAGAGCCGAGGAGGACCACUGACAUAUCGCAUGAGAGAACUUCACCUUCAAGACGACUGGCAACCGCUGAGACCAACCUCGAUGCCACGGCACAGACUGACCCAAGCGACUCAAGACAGCAGUCCACCAGCAUGGGGCCAAAUAAAGAAACUGACGAAUGAAGCUGAGAGACUGCUUCUCAACCAAGGACUUCAACCUUCUCCUUUUACUCUUUUUGUUGCUAUACUUGCCGUUUUAGCUUGUCAGGCAAAAUGUGACAAACCGGGUACUUCUUAUUGGGCUUAUUUACCUAACCCUCCUUCCUUUCAACGGGUAACUUGGGAGAAUGAGGUUAUUCCACUUUAAACUAACAUUCCUUCUUUGAUGGGAGGAACUCAGUCUCCUAUUCAAUUGGGACAGGCUGUUAAUCCUAAAAACUUCUCCUUUUAUGGAGUUUCAAGUUCUGUUCCUAUCUGCUUUGUUAUCCCCAAUACUAUAAAGGAUGAGGCUCCCUCCA